GCGGUCAAAAUUGAAAUAUGUCGACGUUACUCUCUUCCCUUCGGGGUCAUUUCUUCAAACACCUUUCACGCACCACCAUUAUCGCCGCCAACUUCUCAUCCGGCCGCCGCAUUCACCACCUCCGAACACCCUCCCGCCUUUCAUUCUUCCCUUCUACGCCCACUAGUACUAGAAAGUACCAACGUUGGCUCAAUAUCUCUUCCGCGGCACUGUCAACGCCAUCAUCCUCUUCUCCGUCGGGAACUCUGAGCGGAGAUUCAUUCACUUCCCCCUCGUACCUCUCGGUCCGCAUUCGCUGCCAGAAGGAUGUUGCGGAUAUGCUUUCAGAGACUCUUCUGUGCUUUGGAGCCAGUUCAACAACAGUGGAUGAAGGGGAUGACAAUGAGGCUUGUCUUGAUUGUAUAUUUUCUGUCAAUCAAGAUGUGAAGCAAUGCAUUUCUCGUGCUGUCGAUUCCAUAGGCUUGGGAGAAAUGCCUAGUUAUGAAGUUGUGGUGCAAAACCACAUUGAUUGGGUUAAAGCAACUCAGGAGUCUUUUCAGCCACUGGAAAUUAAAGAGGGACUUUGGAUUGUACCUGAUUGGAUUCCUGUUCCAGACCCUCGAGCAACCAAUAUUAUCCUGAAUCCUGGUUUGGCAUUUGGAACUGGAGAACACACUACAACUAAACUAUGUCUUUUGUUGCUGCAUGAUAUAAUAAAAGGAGGAGAAUCCUUCUUGGAUUAUGGAACAGGCUCAGGUAUCCUUGCUAUUGCAGCAAUCAAGUUCGGUGCAGCACUUUCAGUGGGGUUUGACAUAGAUCCACUAGCAAUAACAGCAGCUCGACAUAAUGCUUCUCUGAAUGACAUAGGACCUGACAAAUUCCUUGUUGAACUUGUUCCUGAAUCUGGCACCCUGCCCAAUGAUAAUAGUUCUAGCGCGGGAAUGAGCAUCCCACAUGUGAAUGAUAUGGAUGUUCUUAACGAGAGAGACAAAUAUGAUGUGGUCAUUGCAAAUAUACUACUAAAUCCUCUCCUAGAGUUAGCAGAUCAGAUUGUCUCCUAUGCAAAGCCUGGAGCAGUUGUGGGACUAUCUGGUAUCAUUUCUGAGCAGAUCCCAUAUAUCUUAGAACAUUAUUCUAAAUUACUUGAUGGGAUGAAGGUCACUGAGAUGAAUGACUGGGCAUGUGUAACAGGAUUCAAGAAGAGAAUACCCAGUACUGGAUGAAGAAGCAUUUGGUAUAGAUAUUCUGAAACUGCUUUAACUAUUGUACUACAGAUUAGUGCUAUUAAUUUUAUUCAGAACAGUAUUGUUGAGUUGAUAAAUGGUUUUCUCAAUGCACAUAAACACAGUUUAUUUAUUA